GGUGCCGCCGAGCAGAGCCGCGCUCCGGCCGCCCGUUCGGCCGCCGUCGCCGGCGGCCCCAUGCCCCGAUGCCCCUCGGGGGCCAUGGACGAGGGGCCCGUGGACCUGCGCACCCGGCCCAAGGCCGCUGGACCCCCUGGCGCAGCGCUGCCGCUCCGCAAGCGCCCGCUGCGCGCGCCCUCCCCGGAGCCCGCCGCCCCCCAAGCAGCCGCGGGCCCUGGGGUCCCCCCGGAGUCCCUCUGUUGCGGCCCCGAGGCGCCAGUCGUCCCUGGACCCCCCCACGGCCUGCACCGGCCGGAGGCGCUUUACUACCAGGGACCUUUACUACCCCUGUACUCCACCCCAACCAUGGGCUCCCCCUUUCCACUGCUAAGCUUGCCUGCCCCCCUGUACCCCAUCAUGUGCUCAAUGGAACACCCCCUGUCAGCCGACAUCGCCAUGGCCACCCGUGCAGAUGAGGACGGAGACACGCCCCUCCACAUUGCCGUGGUGCAGGGCAACCUGCCGGCCGUGCACCGGCUGGUCAAUCUCUUCCAGCACGGGGGCCGGGAGCUGGACAUCUAUAACAACCUACGGCAGACACCGCUGCACCUGGCAGUGAUCACCACGCUGCCAUCCGUGGUUCGGUUGUUGGUGAUGGCCGGCGCCAGCCCCAUGGCGCUGGACCGCCACGGUCAGACGGCAGCUCACCUGGCGUGCGAACACCGCAGUCCCACCUGCUUGCGGGCCCUGCUGGACAGUGCAGCCCCGGGCACCGUGGACCUGGAGGCCCGCAAUUAUGAUGGGCUCACCGCCCUGCACGUGGCGGUGAACACCGAGUGCCACGAAGCCGUGUUGCUGCUGCUGGAGCGUGGCGCCGAUAUCGACGCCGUGGACAUUAAGAGCGGUCGCUCCCCUCUCAUCCACGCCGUGGAAAACAACAGCCUUAGCAUGGUGCAACUGCUACUGCAGCACGGCGCCAACGUGAACGCGCAAAUGUAUUCCGGCAGCUCGGCGCUGCACUCGGCGUCCGGCCGCGGGCUCCUCCCGCUGGUGCGCACGCUGGUCCGCAGCGGCGCUGACAGCGGCCUCAAGAACUGCCACAACGACACGCCGCUCAUGGUGGCGCGCAGCCGUCGGGUCAUUGACAUUCUGAGGGGGAAGGCCACGCGGCCAGCUCCUCCGCCACAGCCAGAGCCAUCUCCUGAGAGGAGUGCCACCACUUCCCCUGAGAGCAGCAGCCGCCUCAGCUCCAACGGUCUUCUUUCUGCAUCACCAUCUUCUUCACCUUCCCAGUCUCCCCCCAAGGACCCCCCUGGAUUUCCCAUGGUUCCCCCCAAUUUCUUCCUUCCUCCUUCAUCUCCACCUGCCUUCCUGCCCUUUGCUGGGGUCCUCCGAGCCCCAGGCCGUCCUAUACCGCCCUCUCCAGCUCCAGGAGGCAGCUGAGAGGGACGGGGGGGCAGAUCUUGGACUCAUGAGGAGGGGCCUCCCUGUCCUGUGGGGUCAGCCCUCCUGAAAACUGUGAAGAUCUCACUCUGCCCCCCCCCCCCAAUCUUUGGGACCAGGAUUUGCACAGAGGCACAUGCACCUACCCAUAAGUCCCUUCUUCUAAGAGCAGAUACUCCCCCAUCUCGUCCCCCCACCCAGGACUCUGACCCGGUUAUUCUCAGGCACCAGGCCCCUGUCUGGAAUUCCAUCCAAACGUUCACUUCCUUGUCCUAUCCCAGAGUUGGUGGAACCAGAAACAGCCACUCUUCUCUUUCCUGUACCCGGACAGACAAGGAGAGGAGAGAUGGGCCGUAGGCGGGCACUGAUAACAAUGUAAAUUAUUAGGCAUUUUGGUUGAAUUUCUUUUGUAAUAAACUAUUUUUGUACCGUGUCUCUUGCUUAGCUGGGGUUCUCUGAGG